AUGAAGGUGGUGGACAUGGGCUGCGACCCUUCAGAGGUGUACAGGCCAGAGAGCAAUGCCGAGAAUGAAAAGUCCAAGGAGGACUACAGGAAUUUCAAGGAUGGGCCCCUGAUGGACCGAGUGUACAAGACAUACUUGCAGAUGCACACCAACCAGACGGUGGAUUUUGUACAGAAGAAGAACGAGGAGUAUGGAGGCUGCCGUCUCCGUCGGAUGACCAUCAUGGAGGCCUUGGACCUGCUGGACAAUGUGGUCGAUGAAUCGGAUCCUGACGUCGACUUUCCCAAUUCCUAUCACGCCUAUCAGACGGCGGAGGGCAUCCGAAGGGCGCACCCUGACAAAGAUUGGUUUCACCUGGUCGGACUACUUCAUGACAUUGGAAAGAUCUUGGCACUUGUUGGCGAGCCACAAUGGGCCGUGGUGGGCGACACUUUUCCAGUGGGCUGCAAGGUGCAGGAUUCGGUCGUAUUUCGGGACUCCACUUUCCACAACAACCCUGACAUGACGAACCCCUUGUACAACACCAAGUAUGGGAUCUACCAGCCUCAUUGUGGUUUGGAGAAUGUCCUGAUGUCCUGGGGCCACGACGAGUACAUGUACAAAGUGAUGAAGCACAACAAAUUUGCUCUCCCUCAGGAGGCUUUCUACAUGGUCCGGUUCCACUCCUUCUAUCCCUGGCACACGGGAGGAGACUACAUGCACCUGUGCAAAGAGGACGACCUCCGGAUGCUGCCCUGGGUGAAAGAAUUCAACAAGUUCGACCUGUACACCAAGUGUGGGGAGCUGCCCAAUCUGCCGGAGCUGAAGCCGUACUACCAGAGCCUGAUAGACAAGUACUGCCCAGGUGAGCUCUCCUGGUGAUGCUCAAAAUGGGCUCCGCUUCCUCGUCGCUGACCCAGCCGCUGCGACCCACUCCCCGGCCUCUGCUGCAGAACGGACGUAUGCCAAUCUCUCGAUGACUUCGCAACUGCAAGGAACGGGGUAUAGAGGAGGACGCGGGAGGGAAACACACCUCAGGAGCCGUUUCGGCAUGGUUUCCGAAAAACGGCAAAAUCCAUUCGAAACGGCACAAGAUCCCUCUGUCCAAAAUCAAUAAAGCGCUGUUCAAAUCGACAGGUUGUGCUUUCUGCUUUGCCUCCACAGCUGGAGUUGGGAAAGCUGAGCACCAGGUUGCUGGAAACUGCAGGGGGAGAGCAUUGCCUUCGGGCUCAAAUCCUAUCUCAGAAUCGGAGAGAUGGAAAGGGCUCCAAGGGUCAUCUAGUCCAACCUCAUGCUAGGCAGGUAUCUCAGCUAAAGCAGGGGGCCAUCCUGCUUGCUGCCCCCCCCCACAUUUGGGUAUCUGGUUGCCUCCUGCGAAAACAGAAUGGGCGCUGGCCUGAUCCUGCAGGCUCUUAUGUUAGCAGUAGAAAUUGGAGUUCUUGGGAAAGUCCAGAAAUAAAUGAUAAAUUGCAAGAACUCAGGCC